AUGAACGUUUCAACCAGUAUCAAGAACCAGCGCGGACAGUACACGAUUCUCAAGGAUCUGAGUAGAGAUCACCAUUGUCUCGUGCGCCGCGAAGUUGACGAUGCCUUUCUGAUAGCCAGCCUUUUCGACCUGGGCGCAAAGCCCGAGACGAGGUACCUAGCCGCCAUCAUGGGCAGGGAGUGGGGGCCGGAGAUGGUCAACAACCUGCUGAACCACGAGAACCUCAUCUCUGUGGCUGGAGGCAUGGUUGACUUUGAAGUCUCCAGUGACGUCGAGGGCAGGUGUUUCCUGCUGUGGGACUGCUGCGAUGCGGGUUCCCUCGACAAUAUGCUCCAACACCCACCCGUUGCGCCGACUGACACAGGCUUCUUACCCGAGAGCCUGUGCUGGCACGUCCUCCUGAGCGUUCUCAGGGCCCUCUGCUGGCUUCACGAGGGCCAGCGCGUCGACUGGUCCUUUGAUCAGACGGGCAACUCGGAUCCUUUCAGCGGAUCUGGGAGGAGCGAUGCGGAGGAGGAUGAGAUGAAGGUGCGGUACACGACCACGAGUUACUACACGGAGAGGAUUCCAUGGAUACCGAUCCAACACGGCAGCAUCAGUCCUGCCAACAUCCACUUCCAGUAUCCCCGACGGUCCGAGACCUACGGGCCGUGCAAACUGGGCAACUUGGAGCACUGUGUUGUCGGUCACGACAUCAGCAAUGACGAGCCCGACCUCGUGGCUCUGGGACGUGUACUGUGGAGGAUGAUGACUGGUGGGCAUGAGAGACUGUGGAACCGAUGCACUUAUACGCACUCGUGGUUCCGCUUGGAUGGAUGCUCGGAUUGCGGGAGCGCCUCUGGUCCUUCCGGCGAGGAACCGAAUGACUAUACGAGAGGCCUCAAGCUGGUGGUCUUGACGUUGCUCAACUCGGCAACCUUUGGUACCACAACGGAAGAAUGCAUGGUCAAGGCACUGAGGGCUUACAGUGCCUGGAGGAAAGAUAGCCCAGAUGGCCAGUUGUACUCGGACAUCAACGACAGGUGA